AUGGAAGUAAAAAAUGAAAAAAUAGAUUUCUUUCAAAAUUAUGAAUAAUUAUUUUAAUUAAGAAAAACAAACUUAAAAAAAUAUAAAGGAAUUCUUAAAAAUUGCAUAAAAGAAUAAAACACUUAAUUCUUAUAAAGUGUAAAUUUUUUUAUUAAAGAAAACACAAACAUUUAUAUAUUUAAAUUUUAUAUUUGCUUUUUUAAAAAUAUUUAUAGUUAGCAAUUAAUAUAAUUAAAUUUCCAAUUGAAACACGAUUAUAAGAUGAACUUAUAAUAAUUUAAGAAUGGACAAAAAACUUUAAGUUUUUUAAGGAUUUAAAUUAAAAGAAAAUAAACUAAUAAUUAAAAUUACAUUAUAAAUGCUUGAAAAAAAUCAAAUAUGAAUAAAAAUAAAAAGGAGAAUUUGUAUUUUUUGAAGGUGAUAUUUCUGACAAAUUCUACAUUAUUUUAAGUGGAUUAGUAUCUGUUUUAAUUCCUAAAAGUAAGUUUUAAUUAGAAAACGAAAUAGCCGAAGUAUAGAAAAGUCAAAAAUUAAUAAGAAGUUCAACCCUUACAUAACUUAUUUCAUAAAAAAGUAAAAUAUUUAAAGAAAAUAAAACAAACGAUUAAUAAAGAAACAAUGAAAAAGAAAAGAUAUAUAUUAGUUAA